CCCAGCUUAGCCAUCGGCUUGGCCAAACUGAUGGCACCCACCCGUCCUUCCUCGCCUGUCUGGCAAGCUGGGGGGCUUGUCUUAGCAGAGACCAGUUAAACCGGGGCCAAUCUCAUCCAGUCCCUUUUCCUCAUCCCAGUUGUCCUCCAACUCCUUGCUCCUGAUAACUUCCACAACCUCCUUUCCUUUUGCCCUUCUUCCUUUUUCUCUCCCCUCCGUCGUCGUCCUCUUCCUCCUCCGCCUCUCCCCCCUUCUCCUCAACCCGUAUCCAGUCAUUCCGAGUCGCCGCCAGCUCUUUUCAGACGGUCGCUUUACUAGUGCACUCGACACCCCUGGAGAAGAACCGAACGAACGGGAGGGAAUAAGGAGGAGACUUUCGCUCGCUGGCUUGGCAGUAGCAAGUGCAAGACCAGAAACUAAGAAAAGAGACUCCGAACAUAUAGAUAUUGCCACCAAAGGAUCGUUCCUCUAUCUCUUGCGAUUGAGGACCUUCUUUUGAUAUCUAAUGUCAACUUUUUGUGUUUCACUUUUGUGAGUUUGCCGCUGCCAAAAAGGGAAGCAGAAAUAAAAUACCAAAAAAACGCCAACUGCCGGCGCCCUUCGCAACCCACCAACCAAACCCACACCAAUUCAUCCAACCUCCUUCAACAAAAAAAGGACGGUCGACAGCAUUCCGAACUGGCAUUCUUCGGUUUCGACAGCCAGGAAUCUACCGAUCAUCUACUCUCAGUUUCAUUCCUCGACAAACCUGUUCACCCCUUUCUCCGUCGCGGAGAGGAUUUGCGGGUCCGUUCGACAAAGCAUUUUUAUUUUUUUUACCUGUGCCUAGCUGGUGCUGAGUGCAAGGUCGAAAAAGCUUCAAGGAGGAACCAUCGAGGGGCUUUGAAGAAGCAAAACCCACCAAUUCGCAUCAGUUUCGCUUUGAUUUAGGUCAUUGUGAGGCUAUUGCAAACUCUCUGAGCGUCGAUUGAGGUCCAUGCCGGCAACCUCCAUCCGCAAUCUCGCUCAUCAGUCGAAACCAUUUCUGCGUGGGACACGUUAACUCGUAGCUCCCACCCUCAGGAAUUGGUUCAUCUCGUUCCGUCUCUUUGAGAUCACCGUGGCGGAAUUUAUCCAUCUCGGUCCCUUCUCAUAAACUGGCCCUGAUCCCGGCCACUCUCCUACUUAGUCUUCAUUUCAGGUCUUCAUUCUGGAUUCUCGUUCUGUUUCCACCUGUCUCGGCGUCCAGCCACUGUCACUCUUUUACGUCAACCCUAUGCAACACGCUCCUUUAAUACUCUAAUAAUCGACUUCUUUACCCGAGGUCAACUAAUCACAGCUCACUCGACGGCAUUACAAAAGUCGAUACUACAACUACCACGUUUUUAUCAAAACGGCACUCUUUUACCGACAUCAACGUCAUCACACUCAUUCGACUGGACAAUAUCUGGGACUACCCGCAAGCUUCGAUCUCUUCUAGACUGAGUAACUCGGAUUCGAGUUGCUCUUCAAUCACCCAACCGCAAUCAUGGCUUAUCACCACCACAGCAGGGCCGACGGCACCUUCUUUGUCGAGUCGGACGAUACAGCUAUGUCACGGAUGAGUGCCAGGGAGGCUGCCAAGAUUCUUGCAAGGAACAGGAGAGAGGUCAUUGGGAAUGAGCUUUCGCGGCUGGCCGGCGAAGAGUACCUGGAGGACAUCAUGCAACAUAUGAGACACAUGGAGGACGAGACCCUCCCAGAUGCUAGCCUCAUCGACAUGCAAAGAGAGAUCCAAUGGUUCAUGCGUCCCUACCUGAUCGACUUCCUUGUCGAGGCCCAUGCCGCCUUUCAACUGUUGCCCGAGACAUUGUUCCUCACUGUGAACCUCUUGGACCGUUACUGCUCCAAGAGGGUCGUGUACAAGCAACACUACCAGCUUGUUGGAUGCGCUGCUCUGCUGAUCGCUGCCAAGUAUGGCGACAAGAAGGACCGCGUUCCUCAGAUCAAUGAGCUCAACAACAUGUGCUGCGGACUUUAUGAUGCUGGCAUGUUCACCCAGAUGGAGAUGCAUGUUCUCAACACUCUCGACUGGACCGUUGGUCACCCGACCGUCGACUUCUUCGCCCAGCUCAUUGUCGCGGAGGAGAGAGACGACAAGGAGGUUGAGUACAUGGCUGCCUACAUCAGCGAGAUCUCGCUGUACUACCGUGACUUCGUCUCGACUAAGCCAUCCACCAUGGCGAGAGCUUCGCUGGCCUUGGCAAGGGCUAUCCUUGGCAGGCAAGAGGUCAACGAUGGUGAAUGGGACCACGAUCAGAACGCUACCCUUGUGACGCUUUCACAACACGUUCACCAGCCGUCUGUCACCUUGUCCAGGAAGUACGCAUCGACGCACUACCUGCAAGUGUCCAACAAGCUUUCGGAUUUCCUGGCCCACCAGGCAGCCAUUAACAGGGCCGCUGCGUUGCCCGAGAACCCACUCACCCCGACAACCAACGAGUCGAUGGCUGCCAAAGCCAACAUUUACAGCACUCCUCAGAAGGGUCUGGGCUCAGUCCCUGGCGUCGCCGAUGGCUACCUUACCCCACCAAUCACUCCCGACGGACAGUACGGAGCUCCGAACCCUCAUGGUGUGCCUCCCCGGUGCCCAGUCACGCCCACACCGCAACAUCAGCAGCAGCAGCAGCAACAACAACAUCAACACCACCACCACCAACAACAACAACGCUACUACCCGAACUGCUAUCAACAAACGCAACCACCGCAACAGCAGACCUCAAACCACGUCACGUAUUUAUAA